AUGUGUCCGGUUACCAGUCUAGUUGCUGCUACUCUUGCGGUUGAUCUACGCCCUGGGGACGUGGUGUCCACUGGUUUGCGGUCAUACUGUUCUGCCGAUGGGGGGAAGAAGCUGUCUGCCGUUGUGUUGAAAAGCUGUUUAUCUGACGGUGGCCUCCAGCUGGCGAGACCACCAUCCCUUUUGUUCGUGAGGAAAGACAUAAAGCCGGAGUCUUCGUUUAAGCCCGCUGCCGCUACUGCAGCACUGCCUUUGUCUCGAAACUGCUUAGCGAGAGGGAUGAUGCUUCGAUCCGCACGGUAG